AUGCGGAAGGUGGAGGUGGCGUUGAAAAGGUUCGUGGACAAGAAGGGUCUGUGGUGGGAUUGGAAUUACGGGAAGAAGUCUAAGCGGGAGACUGGCGGUGGAUAUGUUAGGGUGGACUUGGACCCUCAGUUGAGGCAGAUCUGCAUGUGUACUCUCGCCUCUCUGAAGGAGGUCUUGUUCCACGCUCGGAGGUAUAUAGAGAUCGAUGAGACUCAGACCAUUGAGGUUGAUGAUGAGGACGGCGUUGAGGAGAGCGGCUCUGCAGUGGUAGUGGAAGAGCCGAUACCCCUGAAGGUACGGCCGAGGACAAGUCCCUCUGCAGAUCGAGGGGGUUGGAAGCGGGGGGCAGGGGGCUCUGGUGGAAAGAAAUGGAGAGGAGGGAAUAUGGAUUGGCGAAAAAAGAAGGGUGCCGGGAACGAACCUGGGUGGAAAUCUGGUAGCGGGUCAGCGAAAUCUGGCUGGAAGACCAGCAACGACACUAAUUGGGACGACUGGAAUGAUGAUGAUUGGAAGGGGUGGAAAGGGAAUGAUCAGAGUGGGAAGAAGGGCGAGUGGAAGGAUGCUAACCGCGAUUGGAACGAACCAUCCUCGGCCGACAAAGCGGUCGGUGGCAAUAACAAAACCGGCUGGAAGAAGAGUUGGAGUGACAGUAAGACGGCAUGGGGAGAUGGAAAGGGGGAUAAGGACUGGUCAUGGGAGGGUAAGGACAGCCAGAAUUGGUGGAAGGAUGGUAUGGGGCAAUGGGGGAGGUACUGGGAAUCUGAGGAGGGAAAGGAGGGUGGUGGAAGCCCUGAGCGGAGGCCUCGAAAUGACUGGAGCGACUCGGAAUCCAAAUGUCGGUGGAAAUGGGCUGAUGAUAAAUGGGAGAAAAACAGUCCUGUUGGUGAUGGUAAUGAUGAGCUCAUGGUGUCGGGGGCACCGAGCCCGUCGACGAAACCAUUGGAGACCGCAGAGGGGGGAGAGGGACGGUCCCCAUCGGUAGUAGAGGAGGUUGAGGGAGAUGCGGUAGGUUCUGAGGGGGAGGCCAUGAGUAUUGUGGAUGAUGAUGAUGAGGGCACUAUUCCUCAGGAGGCGGCUGCUCCUAGGCCUGUGAUGGAACCAGGGCAACUUGAACAG